ACUGCACAGUUUCGGAAGAGUUUGCGUUUCCGACUGAGACUCAGAUGUCUGACACUGACCGUACUUUGCCAGUGAACGGGGACGGAACCCCUUGCCUGGACAGUCCUUGCGUAGCUGAUGUGAAACUUCUUUCCGGACUAAUUUGCUUCUUUCUGAUGGUUUAAAAGUAACCCAGAGGACCAAGUCUUCCGCAUUUGCUCAACGCUAUGAUGUUGAAUACAGACGAAAGCUCCUGGUUAGUUGAGUCCCGUUCAACCAACACAGUUCCUCAUGCUCCAGGGCCUCUGUGGUGCUCCGAUGCCCCUCACCCACAGCUGAAGAUCCCGGGUGGGCGAGGGACUGUCAGGGAUCAUUCUCUAGGAUUGCUGAUCCACAAGGAUGAGAAAUUGACUGUGACACAGUCUGCUCUGGGGAGUGGGGAACCUUCAUUUCUACACUUCCGCUACCAAGUGAGUGAGCGACGCUCCGCCUCUUGGGAUACAACACUUUCAGAUGAGUGCCUCUUCCUGAAGAUUCCUGCUGGGCAGCUGGUGGAGGGAAGCAAAGAAGGGCUGACUGCUCUGCUGGAGUUUUCAGAGGAGAAGCUGAAAGUUAGCUUUGUUUUCCUGUGGUUUCACAAAAACAGAGACGAUCUAUUGUCUAUCAUCAAGACCUUCCACUACAUGGGCUUUGAGAUCGUGAAGCCCGGACAUCCUUUGGUACCAGACCGCAAAGACAUAACAUUCAUGGUUUACUCUCUGGAGGACAGCAGCUCUGAUGAUGGCUGAAGCAUGAAUUCUGCAGGGGCCUCGCUCCCCUUACUCCCAUGCAACCUCUCGCUUUCACCUCUCCCUUCACAAGAACCUUUGCCCUGAGUGAUGCACUGAACGUUUGGCUCACUUUUGCUCUUCCUCUCAGACAAGCACUUAGGAAUGUGCUCAGGACGUGUCUCCCCCAACGAUGUCUGGAGAACAACUUUGACUUCUUCUCGUGGAAGAAAAAAUUGUUCCUUGUUUGACCUAUUGAAGAGACUUAUGGAGCGCUGAAAUGUUGAUUUUUGUAUUGUUGUGGGAUUCAUUUCAUUACUCUCAUCAAAUUGAAUAAGUUUGUUCAAUGCUACUGUGAGUUGGACGUACUGGACUUUGGGUUUGUUUUUCAUUUAUCCCACCACAGCAUUCAUUAGAUGUAGACUACACUCUAUAUUCGAUGAAAAAAUGGCAAGACUAUUUUGAAUUGAAUGAUAGUUGGAUUACAGUACAUCAUCAUUGCACUCAUGGGUGUCUCUGCUGCUCAUGCAGGGGAUGGCUUUCCCCUGCUUUUAGACAGGAAUCUCUGUUACAUCAUGAGACUGUUGCUGGUGCCAGCUAAGACGGGCCUCACCUCACCAGUUAAAUGUUGUGAUGACAGAUUUUAAAACUGUUCACUCUACUGAAGCAUUUUCCCCAUCUGCUAAUUUUCCCAUUUAUGACUUUUCCUGAGAGAUCUAUUAAGAUAUUUCUUAAAUGUGUUCUUAAAUGUGUUAUGUAUACAAUGAUGUGUACUCUGGAAGCAUCCCUUUUCAGGGGGGGAAGCUUAUAUAUUUCUCACAAUUGAUCAGGAUUUCAGAAAAUAUAUUGAAAAUAGAGAUCCAGUCAUUCUCUUAGAAUUGUUCAGGUUUCUAACUGGAUUUCUGAUUCAAAUCCUGCUGUGCAUCGUUCCAGGUAGAUGUGUCAGUUCUGACUCUUGGAACCUCAGAUAUAUUGAGGCACAGCAGUGAGCCCCUCAGGAUACCUUUCAAUGGGAUCCACCCAGUUAACAGCAUUUUUUCUCUCUCCACACCCAUCCACAAUCCCUGCUGAACCCAAGGGGUGCUUAGCAGGCAAAAGCAAUGUUCCCUCCUGAGGCGACUGCCAUGAAGCCUUUCAGCCCAAAAGAAACUAGUUUUGCAUCAACAAAUGUGAAUCGCUGGUAGCUAUGCACUCCAGCUUGCAGCUGGUGAUCUGCUAGCAUAUCAGGCAGGAGCAACUCCUGAUGGUCAUGGAGGGGUGUCAGUAGAGGAGCCAUCAUUUCAUCAUGUACUUGCACAACUUGUAAUGUGCUCAUUUUAUCCCAGAAACAAUUGUGUGGUAUAUCAGUGGACCUGGAUGUAUGAAAACAUUGGACCUGCUAAAGUUGUUCACUUCACAUACCUUCAUUUUAUGUCACUACGAGUUUACUGAUUUUACCUUUUCAGACUACUGCAUGCAGUUUUGAGAUCAGUAGCAGUUAAUGAUAAUAAACUAAUAUCUCAAAUUCUGUUUCAUCCUUUUUUGUUGAACCAAAUUGUUUAUAAAUAAAUGCAAAA